AUGGGAAUGUUUGAUAAUUUUUUGAGUUUAUUAAAGAUUAAUAAAGAAAAAAUGACAGUGCUGGUUGUGGGUUUGAACAACAGUGGAAAAUCGACCAUUAUAAACAACUUUAAAAGGAAAAAUGAAGCCAAUUCGUAUAUAUCAGUGCCGACAGUAGGUUUUACAAAUGAGGAAUUUUACAGUCAUGGUAUUCAGUUUACAGUAAUAGAUAUGUCGGGUGCCUGGAAAUAUAGAAACCUAUGGCAACAUCAGUUCAAAAGCUGUCAAGGUAUAAUCUAUGUUAUUGAUUCUAGUGAUAACAUGAGAAUGGUGGUUGUCAAAGAGGAACUAUAUAUCUUGCUACAACAUCCGGAUUUGGUUAAUCGACAAACUCCUAUUUUAUUCUACGCAAACAAAAAUGAUUGUGAAAAUUCUUUAUCCAGCGUCAAUAUUGCAGCAGCUUUGGACCUAACAUCUGUAAUGGAUAAGCCGUGGCACAUUAGUUCUAGUAGUGCUAAAACUGGGGACGGACUUGACGAGGGUGUACAAUGGUUAAUUCAGCAAAUACGUUUAAAAAAUCAAAAACAUCAUUCCAAAAAGGACAAAUCAAAGCGAAAAUAA